AUGGUGGCGCAGCAGCUCCUGGUGGGUCCCAUCCCCAUCAGCGGCGGCAAUGGCAGCCCCGGUGCCGGUGGCUUCUAUUCUAAUUUCAGCCGUUUGUUUUCCCUACCAUGUCAUUUUCAGCGUAGAAGAAGAGGGAGAACUCGUACUCGCCGGUGGACCCCACAAUCAACGUCAUCAUCGUGGUCGUCGUCGUCAUCAUCAUCAUGGGCCAUGAUUAACGGCCAGCAGACCCACUACGGCGUGCUGGGCCUCUCACGCCAUGCCACCUCCGCCGAAAUCAAGAGGGCUUAUCGCCUUCUCGCUCGUAAGUAUCACCCUGAUGUUAGCAAAGAUUCUCAAGCUGAAGAGGUGUUCAAGAGUAUCCGUCAGGCAUAUGAGAUUCUAUCUAAUGAAGCAACCAGGACUCAGUAUGACCAAGAACUUAAAUUUCAAAAGGACACUGGCAGGAAAUACAGUGGAAAAUGGAGCUACAGCCCUGAAUUUGAAGAUGGAGUAAGGAUCUAUAAGUGGGCUGAAGUGAGGCAGAAAAUGCAACAGGAGAGACAUUGGGAACGCUAUCAUGCCAAUGAAGAAAGUUCGUCAUAUGGCAAAACUGAUGAAGCAACUGAAGAAGGAGAGGCAGUGCAAGAAAGAGGUUCCUUCAGUGAAGUGCUUAGAUCUGCCUUUGUAUCUCUGUUCUUGUUGCAGACAUUUGGAUCCCGUUUAUCUCUCACUUUUAGUAGCCUGAUGGCCUUAUUUGACAGGAAGUUGGAUGCUGGAUAUAAGAUUGGUUAUGUAAUUGCAUGGGUUUUAGGUGGGAGAGGUGGUAUCUUGCUCACUUUGUGCCUGUCGUUUGCAAGUUGGGUUUGUGGAAAAACCAGCAGCAAUAUAGUUGCUCUGGUGGUGGUAGCCAUGUGGGUUGGCUCAAACCUUGCAAGAUUUGCACCACUUCCACAAGGUGCUCUGCUUACUCUCCUGUAUAUGUCUAUUAAGCUACAAGUUGAUUUGAACUAA